AUGUCCGAUACGGAAACCGAACCUGAUCACGAAACCCAGCCCGUUGGGAUUCAAGGAAAUGUCAGCCCUGGGAUUGAUUUCCGAUUGAAUGGGGUUGAACCAUCCAAACUAGAUGAUCAUCUUUUGCCGAAGGAAGACGACCAUUCAGUCUCGACCCAAGCUCAUACCGUCAAAUCGGCUGUCGAAACAUUGAGCCAGGCGAUUCUAGAGAGUGAUCUCGAAAAUGAUGACACCCUUAACCUCGGAUUGGCCCGAGCAGCCCAAACGAUUUCGAAUUUUCUCAAAUUAGCCAAGCUGACAGUUGCGACUGAGGAAGACUACGACAGGCUGCCUGGUUGGAUGAGGGAAGAUCUAAUCGAAUGUUUGGACAUGAUUCUAAGCGAAAGGUUCUUGAAUGCGCUUUUCCUCCUGAGACAAAAUAUUUCCCAUUUGGCGAUCAAGCGCGAGCAUGUUGCAUCUUCUCAAAUGGUAACAUUAUCCGACGUCGUCAUUGCCGCCAUCGUCGAUUAUUUUGAAUGUUUAGAAGAGACCGCAAAAUACUUGCGCGUCGUGAACACUUUACUCGAGAAUCGUGCAAUAGGCCUCAAACAUUUAUUGGGAAUGAAGAAGGAUGAAAAGUACAUUAAGGAAUCCGGUAUUGAAGAACAUUUUCCGAAGUACACCACAUUGGCAGUGCUUCAAACCUACUCGGCGGUAUCCGGCUUACCGACGGAAUUGCUGAGCAAGGAGGAAAAUGAUGAAAUUUGCACUCAAGUUGAAAAGGUCAUACAAGUCGAGAUCGAUGGGAGCUUUGAGGGAUCAACUCGGUUGGAAGUCAUAGACAUGACACUCAGCUUACCACAGUCAGCUUCUGAUCGCCUGAUUCAGAGCUUGCAAAUCAGGUUCAACUUGAUGCUUGAAAGCCUACUCCUAGAAAUCGAGGUUUCUGCCGACCCCACCUGCUGCCAUGAAGAAAAAUUGUUACACCAACAAAGGGCUUUAAGCAAGUUAAAAUUUCUUACUAAAUGUGUCGAAAUUCAAUCACUGAAAGAGUAUCUAGUGAAGGGCGCAAUAUUCAACUUGGUUAAUACCCUUUUGACCCCGCUCGGGUGUGAUCAUACGGUAGCACUGGCUACAACGAAAUUGAUUUUGUGUAUUUCAAAAUCAGCAAAAGAGAGUUGGCCUUUAAAUCAGCAACAGUUACAAACAGUUUCUAACGCUUUGAUCGAAGUUAUGGCGGAUGGUCAUGGAACAAGUGUCGAAAGAAAGCGUUGGCAACGCGGAGAAGGAGUUGUGGCCAGCCUCGUGACUGCAGAUUUCGUGAAAGGAUAUUGCGCCCGGUUCGAUUAUCAAGUGAACUAUCCGCUGGCAAUAUACGGUGCCCUCAGAGAGGAAUUAGCCGACGAGCUUUGGAUUCACUCAGGCGCUCGGUCGCAAACCAAGUCACAUCUGACGAAUUCUGGAUCUAACCGGAGCUUCCAUUACGGUCCAUCAGCUCCCGAAACACAUCCUGGGAUUUUGGUCGCUGAGGCAAUGCAAAUAUUAUUUAAGCGAUUUAGUGACGCUCAAAGUGAGCUGGUUGCCUCCCUCAAAGUAAUUUAUCCCUGCUGCUAUGUUGCAUUAAUUGAAAGUUGA